AUUGUUUUACAAGGUCACGGGCCUCGUGUAACGGCCAAACCGCCGCAGACAAACGAGAAAGCCUUUCGAUGCGACUUUGAUGGUUGCGGCAAACUAUACACAACAGCUCAUCACCUUAAGGUCCAUGAACGAUCACACACGGGGGACCGGCCUUAUCAGUGUGAACAUGGCGGAUGUGGAAAAGCAUUUGCAACAGGUUACGGAUUGAAGAGCCACGUCCGCACUCACACGGGGGAAAAGCCUUACAGAUGUACAGAGGAGAAUUGCACCAAAUCGUUCAAGACUUCGGGAGACCUUCAGAAACACAUCCGAACGCACACAGGAGAGAGGCCGUUCAAAUGUCCCUUUGAAGGCUGCGGAAGAUCAUUCACUACCUCCAACAUCCGGAAAGUUCACAUCCGAACGCACACGGGGGAACGGCCUUAUUACUGCUCAGAACCGGGCUGCGGCAGAGCGUUUGCCAGUGCCACCAACUACAAGAACCACGUGCGGAUACACACAGGUGAGAAGCCUUACGUCUGUACUGUGCCCGGCUGCGACAAGCGUUUCACGGAAUAUUCGAGCCUUUACAAGCACCACGUGGUCCACACGCACUCCAAACCGUACAACUGCAACCACUGCGGCAAAACCUACAAACAGAUCUCCACACUGGCCAUGCACAAAAAGACGGCGCACAACGACACGGAGCCCAUCGAGGAGGAAACGGAGAGCUUCUUCAUACCUCAGCCACCCGACGAUGUCCUGAAAGGCUCUCAGAUCACGUACGUCACUGGCAUGGAGGGAGAGGAUGGAUUGCCGGCGGCGGUGGCCCAGUCAGGGCAGCAGCUGGCUCUGAUAUCCCAGGACGGCACCCAACAUGUGGCCAUUGUUGCUCAGGAUCUCUCGGCAUUCCAUGCGGCCUCCACGGAAUUGAGCCAACAGCAGCACAGCCACCACCUUGUCACCACCGAGUCCAGGCCGGUCACCCUGCUUGCCACGUCCAACGGGACGCAGAUAGCCGUGCAGGAAGUGACAAGGAUGCGGAAUUUCUGGCGGGAUCCUCGGGUGUUUCCUGCGCUUGCUGAAAACGGACGUUAUGUAACGAUCUCCACACCCCUGCGCACGAGACCGUCAACACUCGGGGAGGUAGAACCUCUCCAGCUCAGUGUCCCCGAGGAGGUAGAACCUCUCCAGCUCAGUGUCCCCGAGGAGGCAGAACCUCUCCUGCUCAGUGACCCCGAGGAGGCAGAACCUCUCCAGCUCAGUGUCCCCGAGGAGGCAGAACCUCUACAGCUCAGUGUCCCCGAGGAGGCAGAACCUCUACAGCUGUGUCCCGAGGAGGCAGAACCUCUACAGCUGUGUCCCGAGGAGGCAGAACCUCUACAGCUGUGUCCCGAGGAGGCAGAACCUCUACAGCUGUGUCCCGAGGAGGCAGAACCUCUACAGCUGUGUCCCGAGGAGGGACGUUAG